AUGCUCCGCCCUACUUUCUUUCCCAACAAUCCAGGAUUCUCUCUGAAAGGGGACGACUACACAGACCGAGCCCUUGAGGCCCUGGCGGGAAUGAUACCGUUGGCGCAGGAAUACGGCCCCCCAACCUUGGAAACUGAACUUCUUGUGCUGUCUCUUUUGAACCAAGGCGAAGAUGGCCUUUUUACAAUGAUCAUGAAACAAGCCGGCGCGGACCUGGUCAAGCUCCGGAGCGGAGUUGUGGAUUUUGUCGAAAGUCAUCCGACCGUUACCGGCAGUGUCACGCGGUCUUUGGGUCCGGUGCUUCAGAAGGUGCUGUCCAGCGCCAACAGCUUGCGGCUGCAGUGGCAAGACGAGUAUAUAUCUGUUGAGCACUUGGCGGCUGCCUUAGCCGACGAAGACACGCGGUUUCUCGUCAAAUUCCUCAAGGGAUCGAAGCUAACAGCCAACGACAUUCGGCAGGCAAUCAAGGCCAUCCGUGGCACUCGGCGGGUAAAUACCAAGUCGCCAGAGGUAUCCUAUCAGUCCCUGAAAAAAUACGGUCGAGAUCUGUCAGAAGCAGCAGCCGCCAAUGAGUUGGACCCCGUAAUAGGGAGGGACAAGGAAAUCCGACGUGUCAUUCAGAUCCUUAGCCGCCGCACUAAGAAUAAUCCAAUCAUCCUUGGUGACCCUGGCGUCGGCAAGACUGCUAUUGCCGAGGGCCUUGCACAGCGAAUCGUCUCCGGAGAUGUCCCGGACACUUUAGCAGGCCGUCAGCUUAUCUCACUAGACUUAGGGGCGCUCGUGGCGGGGGCGAAGCUGAGAGGCGAGUUCGAAGAGAGACUGAAGAGUGUAAUCAAGGAGGUUCAGGAGAGUUCAGGCCAGAUUAUUCUUUUUAUCGACGAAAUUCAUAUGGUUGUUGGUGCCGGUUCCGCCGGCGAAAGCGGCAUGGAUGCCGGAAAUAUUCUGAAACCCAUGCUUGCCCGAGGCGAACUCCGGUGCAUCGGAGCGACAACUCUCGAUGAGUACAGAAAGUAUAUUGAGAAAGACAAGGCGCUCGAACGUCGCUUCCAGGUGGUGCUCGUCGACGAGCCUCGAGUUGAAGACGCUCUGUCUAUUCUCCGGGGCCUCAAGGAACGCUACGAGAUGCACCAUGGAGUUAGCAUUCGUGAUUCUGCCCUCGUGGCAGCCUGCACACUUUCUGAUAGAUACAUCCAGGACCGUUUUCUGCCUGACAAGGCAAUUGACUUGAUCGACGAAGCAGCUUCCAAGCUGAAGAUCGAGGUAACAUCGAAGCCGACGCGGUUAGAUGAGAUCGACCGCAAGCUGAUGCAGCUGGAAAUGGAAAAGAUCUCGAUCGUUUCGGAUAUGAAAAGCGGGCAGGGCGCGGCUGAGCAGCAGCGGCUUCAGACGUUGGAGAAGAAGAUGGCCGAUCUAAAGGAAGAGCAGUCACGGUUGAACGCCAUCUGGGAACAAGAGCGCGCUGAAAUCGAAAAGAUCGCCGACCUCAAGCAGGAAAUCGACGAAGCAAAAGUGGAGCAACAGAAAGCGGAGAGGGAAUACAAUCUGAACAAAGCCGCCCAGAUUCGGUACGGAAAGAUCCCCGAGUUGAUGCAGAAGCUGGCGGCGCUGGAAGCCGAAGCCAAGCGAGAAGAACUGUCCUCCUCGCGUCUUUUGAGGGACACUGUCACAGCAGACGACAUUGCUCAAGUUGUCGGGUCCUGGACCGGCAUUCCCGUCAGUCGCCUCGUCGAAGGGGAGAGAGAAAAGCUUCUCGGUCUUGAAAAGGCGCUCAACGAGCGGGUCAUUGGGCAGGAAGAAGGUGUGCGUUCGGUGGCCGAAGCGAUUCAGCGGUCCAGGGCUGGGCUGUGCGAUCCCCACCGUCCGAUUGCCUCGCUGGUCUUCUUAGGUCCCACGGGCGUAGGCAAGACGGAACUGUGUAAAGCUCUGGCCAGGCAACUUUUCGACACCGAAGAGGCCUUGAUUCGAUUCGACAUGUCCGAGUAUAUGGAGAAGCACUCGACUGCUCGACUUAUUGGGGCGCCGCCCGGUUACAUUGGCUUCGACAAAGGCGGCCAGUUGACCGAGGCUGUGCGGCGGAGACCCUACACAGUGUUGCUGUUUGACGAAUUGGAGAAGGCGCACCCCGAAGUCUUCAACAUCUUCCUACAAAUCCUUGAAGAUGGAAUUCUGACAGACAGCCACGGACACACCGUUAGCUUCAAAAACUGCAUUAUCAUCUUCACGUCCAACAUGGGCAGCGAGUUGCUCCUCCAGUCAUCCGGCAACACAAACAGAGAGGCAGUCUCCCAGGCCUUGAUGGAAAUCGUUCGAGGGCAUUUGCGCCCCGAGCUGGUGAACCGCAUGGAUGAAUUCGUCGUCUUCAAUCCGCUGAGUGAAGAGAAUCUCCUGGGCAUCUUUGACCUCGAGGCAGCCAAACUGCAGACCCGACUUGCGGAUCGCCGUCUCACUCUAAGCGUCACCAAGAGGGCCAAGGCGGAUAUCGUGAAGGCAGCAUACGACCCCAACUUUGGCGCCAGGCCGCUGCGCCGGGCGGUUCAACAUGCACUGGAGACGCCUCUCGCCCGCCUGAUUCUCUCCGGAGCCGUCAGCAACGGCCGUCGAGUCGGUGUGGCCUCGAAGGACGAGGAACUCCCGGCCGCGAGCGAGCCGUUCACGGACUCGAAGGUUCCAGAAAAUCUCCAGUUUUUCCUGUACCCCCACGAAGGCGCGGCGCAGGCGCUUCCCGCGAGUGCGGGCACUGACAAGCUGGAAACCGCGUCUUGA